GGGAAACCAGGUGACAUGGCUGCAGGAGCUGGAAGUGAGGCAGGAGCCUGCUGAAUCUCCACACUGCAGUGGCAGCGAGGGUCCCAGCCACAGACGAUGGAGCCAAGGAACGCUGAGCACCAAGCAAAGCCACUGGCAUCUCCAGGCCAGCAGGAUGAGCCCCCAACCCCACCCUCCUCAUCAGCUGAAGAUGAGGAAGGUGCCUAUGGCUUCCUCUGUCCAAGGAGCAGCGAGUGCAUUCUUGAGGAUGAGCCUGGUUAUGAGCUGAUCCGUGACAAAUCCUUGCUGUCCCUCUGGGGAUCAUUUCCCAGGAGAACCAGGAGGCACAGAUCAAGAUUUAUCAGCCUCUCACAGGGACCUGCAGGGCACAGCAGGGAUGCUACAGGCCACAAUAAAUUUUUCAGCAGCAGUGAAAUGUUGGCUUUUGAUGAACAUUCCCAGACAAAGCCUGGGCACAUGCUCAGGCACAAAACAGAUCUGGUGGGGUUGCUCAAGGCAGACCUGGGGAGAGCCCACAAUGCCCUAGAUUGUGAGGAAGAUGAGGUUAAUGCCUUCUCUGUGUCUCCUGGGGAAGUGAAGACAUGUCCUGGACAUCUGAAAUUCUCGUUGUUAGAAGAUAAAAAAGAUGCAGAAAUCGAAGCCAAGAAAGCGUGUGACUGGCUCCGGGCAGCGGGAUUCCCCCAGUAUGCCCAGCUGUACGAAGAGUCGUCAUUCCCUCUUGACAUCAGUGCUGUGAAGAAGGACCACAGCUUCCUGGACCAGGAUUCCCUCAAAUCCCUGUGCAGGAGGCUGAUGACCCUGAACACUUGUGCCUCCAUGAAGCUGGAUGUUCACUUUCAGCGUAAACAGAAUGAAGACUCCGAGGAAGAAGACCUGUGUGCCAUCAGCAACCGGUGGGCCUUCCAGAGGGACAGCAAAAGGUGGUCACGGGUGGGCUCCGCCGAUGUCCUGUCCCAGGGCUCGGAGGCCCCGAGCUGCGCCAUGCGCCCGGUGUCCAGCCGGGAGAGCGUCCUCACGGACCUCAGCACCAACCCCGAGGCCACGUCCCUGCACAGCACGGGCAGCGUGGGCAGCGUGGCUGGCACGGGCGGCACGCUGGGCACUGCGGCCGUGCCAUGCGAGUCCCCGUCCCCGCUGCGUGCCACUGCCAACGCCUCCAGCUGCAGCCAGAGCGAGGGUUCUGCCCCAGAGCAGCCCUCGGGCCAGGGAGAGGGCUCUAAGGAGAAGCUGAAGAAGCGACGCUCUCGCAGCUUCCUGAAGCGGAUCGAGUCCCUGCGGAGGAAGGACAAGGAGAAACGCAGCCCAGACAGGAGACUGGCUCCACGCAGCAGCGCCACUCUCCCACCGGGAUGGGGCUCUCUGAAGAGCAAUGGGGACCUUGCAGCCACCAGGACCAACUCCUCUAAAAAAGGGAUACCUGCCUCUUUCCACAGCAAAAAACACUUCUUCUCGGUAUCAUACAGGACUAACCGCCUGCUCGGCCCCGGGGACACCAAGGGGAGCUCUGACCCCAAACGCAGCGGAGUCUACCUGGAGGAUUACAACACGGCCACCACCGCCGGCGGUGCCUGGGCUGCUGCCGAGUGCCAGCGCCGGGCUCGCCAUGGCGAUUGCCUGGUCUAUAUCCCCUGUGACCACAAGCCCGGCACCUUCCCCAAAUCCCUCUCCAUCGAGAGCUUGUGUCCCCUGGCCGGCAGCUCGCUGACCCACUGGAACGCAGGGAGCGCGGCUGUGGGGCUGGGAGGGGGCGGCAGCAGCAGCAGCGUGGAGGGCUCGUCCUCCCCGAGGGGCUUUGCCCGCCGGCGCCGGGGCUCCUGCAGCUCCCUGGGCAGCCGUGUCAGCAUCUACGACAACGUGCCGGAGUUCGGCAGCAGCGAGGAUUUCUGCAAGGACGGGGAGGUCACCUACGAGAACCUCGACGACAUCCUGCAGCACGUUUGGGGGCUGCAGCAGAAAGUGGAACUCUGGUGUAAAGCCGUCUUCCCUGGCUUGGAUGGGGAGGAAGGGGGCGAGGAAGAGGAGGAUGAGGAGGAGUCGGACUCGGGAGGGGAACCCUCCAACCUGCAUUUCGAAGAACAGUCCAUGUCGGAUGUUGGCACCUCUGCCAGUGACUUUGAUAGCACUGGGAACUCCCUCAACGAAGCUGAAGAGAUGGAGACACGGGAGCGCCGGGAUUCGGGGGUAGGAGCAUCACUCACAAGACCCUGCAGAAAGCUGCGUUGGCACAGCUUCCAGAACUCCCACCGGCCCAGCCUGAACUCAGCCUCGCUGGAGAUCAACCGCCAGUCAUCGGCACAGCUCAACCUGCUCCAGAAGUGCUCCCUGCUCCGGCUCACAGCCAUCAUGGAGAAAUACUCUGUGCCCCACAAGCAGGCCUGGACGUGGACUGUCCCCAAGUUCAUGAAGAGGAGUAAAGUCCCUGACUACAGGGACAAGAUGGUUUUUGGGGUGCCACCCAUUGUCAACGUGCAGCGGACGGGGCAGCCCCUGCCCCAGAGCAUCCAGCAGGCCAUGCGCUACUUGCGCAGCCAGUGCCUGGACCAGGUUGGCAUUUUCCGCAAGUCCGGGGUGAAGUCCCGGAUCCAGGUGCUCCGGCACAUGAACGAGACCAGCCCCGACAACGUCAACUACUCGGGGCAGUCAGCGUACGACGUGGCCGACCUGCUGAAGCAGUACUUCCGUGACCUGCCCGAGCCCAUCUUCACCAGCAAGCUGACCGACACCUUCCUGCAGAUCUACCAGUUCGUGUCCAAGGAGCAGCGGCUGCAGGCGGUGCAGGCUGCCAUCAUCCUCAUGCCGGACGAGAACCGGGAGGUGCUGCAGACCCUGCUCUACUUCCUGAGCGACAUCGCCUCGGCUGAGGAGAACCAGAUGACAGCUGGGAACCUGGCUGUGUGCCUGGCCCCCUCCAUCUUCCACCUCAACGUGUCCAAGAAGGAAAGCACAUCGCCCAGGGCCAUGCACAAGAGGGGCACCAUGGGGAAGCCGGACCAGAAGGACCUCAAUGAGAACAUGGCCGCAACGCAGGGGCUCUCCCACAUGAUCACUGACUGCAAGAAGCUUUUCCAGGUCUCCCACGAAAUCUUGCUGCAGCUGAGCAGCUCCUAUAUGGCCGCAGACGCUUAUCCGCACCCCCUGGCUGACUUGGUGUGCCAGGGGGAGAGCAAGGAUUUACACUCCUACUUUGAGCAGAGUGUCCAGAACCUGCUCAAAGAGUCAUCAGAGAAAUUCAAGGGGUGGCUGAGCACGCCAGGGCCUCUGAACACAGAGCUGUCCUGCAAAAAGGUUGGGGAUGGGCACCCUCUGCGCCUGUGGAAGGUCUCCACGGACGUUGAGGCCCCUCCCGCCACGGUGCUGCACCGGGUGCUGCGGGAGCGUCACCUGUGGGACGAGGACCUGCUGCAGAGCAGGGUGGUGGAGGCGCUGGACAAGGACAUGGAGGUGUACCACUACGUGACGGACAGCAUGGCCCCGCACCCGCGCAGGGACUGCAUGGUGCUCCGGCGCUGGCGCACGGACCUGCCGCGGGGAGCCUGCCUGCUCAGCUCGCUCUCGGUGGAGCACGACAAGGUGCCGGUGGAGGGAGGUGUCAAGGCCAUCGUGCUGACGUCCCAGUACCUCAUCGAGCCCAGCACCAUGGGCCGCUCCAGGGUGACCCACAUCUGCAGGGCUGACCUCAGGGGCCGGUCUCCCGAGUGGUAUAACAGGGUCUUUGGCCACCUCUGUGCCAUGGAGCUGGUGAGGAUCCGAGACUCUUUCCCAGCCCUGAGUCCCAACGGCCCCGAGACAAAGAUUUGAGGCACCAGGAAGAUGCUCUGUCCUUUCAGACUUGGACUUGCCAGUGGAUCCAGACUGGGGCUCUCAGAAGGAAGCACGGUGUGGUGCAGUGCCCGUGGAGAGGAGACAGAGGCACAUAUUUAUAAAUGUCCUUUCACCCCGGGCUGGGCAGUCCUGUGCCAUGGCCCGGGUGCUGUGGGGCAGGGUGGCCACAGAGGGGAAGCUGUGGUGUCCCACAGGAGAGGCGGGGGAGCGGAGGGAAAGAGUGGCCAUGGGGUGACCCCUAAUGCAGCCUGUGGCAGGAGCUGGAGCCCCCCACACAAGCCAGGAGCAACAGCAGGGGGGAAGGAGCGUGGAGUGAGGCUGGAGGAGCGAGCGGGGAAAACGGGGCCGUGUCCGCAGGUCGCAGCGUGGGGUCGGGAAGUGGAGGGAGGGCAGCGAGGGGGGGAUUGUGUGUGUGGUGUCACCCAGUGGGGACAGCCAGGGAGUCACUGUGCUAGUGGAAGAGGCUGCUGUUCUGGGAGGAGGGGGCUGCACGUAGAUACAUAGGUACAGCUCAAGUGCCAACCUGUCAAGGGGCAGAUGGAACCUGUUGCAGCAUUGGUGCUGAAUUCAUGGAAGAAGCAGCCCUGUACUCCUGUGCCUUGCUCUUUCUUGGCUAAAAGCCCUCUCUCUGCACUGGCUGUCACUGGGAGGAGGGGUGGAUGGACCAUGUUCCAAGGCCAUCCCUGAACCAGCUGACCCGUUAUUUGUGUGGGGCAGGACAUUGCUGGAGCCCCGGGGCAGCUGUGCCCGAGUGGGAAGGGACAAUGCCUGAAAGAGGCAUCGAGGUGGGGAGAGACUCCCCAGACCAGCUCCCCCUUUGUGCCGCCCUCAGUGUUGAGGGCUGUACCCAGAGGGAGCAGGGAUGACAGGAGGGGCAGCUGUUAGGGAUUCACCCCUCUUUGGGCAGCUACACGUGGCUCAUGUCCACCUGCUCCCUGCAGAGACAUCCGUUCCCCUUUCCACCCUUCCUUCCCUUUGUGAAGGAACUGUUCACCAGAGCUGUCAGCACCCAGAAGAUGACCUGGUUUCUCCAUUGAGGCAGGGACCCAAAUUCCCAGACGUCGUUCCAACUGGAAGGCAACACGACCCAUGAGUUGGGGACCCCCAGUGUCAGUUUGGCCAUGACUGUCUGUCUGUCUUUUGGUAAAAAAAAAAAAGCACAAAUCAGCCUCUAGUCUGUGUUUUUAUAUAUAUAUGUAUCUUAUAUAUAUAUAUAUAAAAAUAUAACUAACAUGUGGGGGAGUGAAAUUUCUCCUGAUAUUUUUUUUAAAGUGUUUCUUUUUUUCUAUCUAUAAAUACUUGUACAGGUGGAAUAUUAAUAUAUAACUCUGGUGGCAGAGCUCAGCACCAGGUGAUGCUCACUUAGAGCCGGGUAUUUUGUAUUUAAGGGACUUUUGUUUUGUAUCAUAUGAAACUGCAGCAGUUGUUUGACUUGGAUUGGGGCUGCUCUUCCCAUCUGUGCAAUUAAUAAAGUACUAACAAGA